UGACAGACGGGACUGUGUGACCGACACGCUGACAGCCCGGGCCAGAAGGACAGACUCCCACGCAUGGCGCGUGGCAGGAGCAGGGUAGAGAAAGGCUCAGAUAUCCACGCGCCGCACCCCUUUCUUGUCUUCUUUUUCUCCUACCUCUUCUCCUUCCUCGGAGGACUCGAGCCGACGCACACACCACGCUGGCUGUGCUCACAGGUGGACAUGCCCCACGUAGAAUGCAAGGACCAGGAUCCACAGGAUCUCCCCGCGCUGGGGGAGAGCAAGGAGCGGCAGCAGGGCGAGGAGAGCCGCGAAGACGAAGCCGGUCGGGGGUCAGCUAGAAGUCAGGUUUCUAGCCCCUCUAUCGCCACCUCCAGUGCCAACCGCCAGCUGAUGAUGCUAGAAGGGAAGUCAGGAUCCUACUUUUCUUCUCUGGACUCAAGCAUCGACAUCCUGAAGAAGAGGGCCCAGGAGCUGAUUGAAAACAUCAACGAGAGCAGACAGAAGGACCACGCACUCAUGACCAACUUCAGGGACAGCCUCAAGAUCAAGGUUUCAGACCUGACAGAGAAGCUCGAGGAGAGGAUGUAUCAGAUUUAUAAUCACCACAACAAGAUCAUUCAGGACAAGCUCCAAGAGUUCACCCAGAAAAUGGCAAAGAUCAGCCAUUUGGAAACAGAGCUCAAACAAGUGUGCCACACCGUGGAGACAGUGUACAAGGACCUGUGCAUCCAGCCUGAGGCUACUACUUCGGAAGAACAGGCCCACAAAGAUGGCGAAUUCUGAGAGCUACUGGGAGCAUCCCCUCUUGGUGACAGCCACCAAGAGAAGGCUGAGGCCACCACUGGCACCAUGCUGAAAAUUUUUUUUUCACAGUUCUGCAAUGCAUCUUGGCAAAAAUAAAAAAAAUUAAAAAAUUUAAAAAAAAAACAAC